GUCCCCGGCAAUUCUCUUCCUCAAUCAAUCCGCCUUGCUCGUGGCAUUUCAUGCACGACAUAUAUGUUAGCACGUGCGACCAACCGGGUCCAUAUCUGCCUGCGAUGCCAGAGAAAUCUUGCCAGGGCCAGCCUCAAUUUACCGGGAGCCGCAGAGUCCGGCCAUAGUCGUAUCCUACGACGAUGGCAGAGUGUAGCGACACACCAGCUACCACACGAAGAAGUCGGCGAAGAUCAUGAGGACACUAAACCCUCCCCUGAAAGCGAAGUAGAACCUCAAUCAACAACGCCGUCCCGGUCCAACUUCCGACGUCUGAAUUUUCGAAAAUGGAAGCCCAAACCCACCGCGCAACUUGGGGUCAACUCCCUUGGCAAACCCGCAGAGGUGUUGCUCCUGCCUACGAGAGAUCGGCGAAUACCACUGGUUCCCAAGGAUGAGGGAAAGGAAAAAAUGCUGGGCAGUACAUUGCAAGAGUCCAUCAACUCGGAGAACGUCCCGCUGAGUGGACAGAAGCUGGCAGAGAACAUCGAGCAAGUUCGCUCUUUGGUGGGCAAGAUGCGCGGGCAGCUGGAAAAACAUGAGUGGACAACCCUGAAGAGGCAUCUGCACAGCGGAUUUCAAAAACAGCAGUUAAAAAAGUACAUUCGCCUGCGCAAAGGCAACCUCUCUUUCCCCGAGGAACUUGAGAAAUACAACAAAAGGGAUAUCGUCAAAUAUUUGGUUGAAGAAGUCUGGGGCUUCACAACGCCAGUGCAAGACGAGUCUGCUGCUUCCACCAGCAAAUCGACGAAGCUGGUCUUGACCCUGCACGAGCUGGUCAAGUUCGACCACCUCCUCAUGCACCCCAGUCAGCCGUUGAAGAGAAUCGCCGAGGAGCUGGAUGUUCAGAUCGAUGUUUAUCCGACUCAAUCCAAGAUCAGAACGAUAGGAUCCAAAACUAAUGCUCAGCAAGCACUGCAAAGAAUUUCUCGCUACGCAAAAAAUCUGGGCCAGAUUGUGAUACAACUGAGAGGCACCCACCGUGCCAUAUACCAAGAUCCCGCUAUGAGGGAGCAUUUGAAUGCGUACCUCAAGUCGAUCCAACGGAAAUACCAAGGAUUAAGUAUUGGCAUGGACGCACAAUGCAUUAGAAUUGUCCACUAUGGCAACCACCGUGGUGCUGAGCAGGCCCGCCGCGAGAUCCUGCUUUCUGUGCCAAGAGACAGCGCUUCAGACAAGUCACUCAUUUGGCCGCGAAUGGACAUAUCGGCAACGACUCAUCAGCCUUUCCCCACUCCGCCUGAAUUCCCUGCGCUGUUGCACCAUUCUCAGUGGCUGAAGCUAGUGUCUACGUCCCCGAGUUCGCAGGAAGCCAGUGCCAGUACUCGUAAAGAUGCGGCCCUGGCGCCGCUUCUGCAAGGUCUCCGGGAUGCAUUUGACCUAGCCACUAGAACUCGCAAUGCGGAUCAUCGGCAAGAACUUUACUAUGAUGUGGCUGCCAAAUUUGGGCAAGCUUUGAUGCAAGAGCUUCCAGAAGCUGCCAAGAGUGAUGUUGAUAAGCUAGUCUCUGUCGAAGCAGAGGAGCAGCGGCAAUCGGCAAGCGUCUACCUUUCGCCUGGUGACAGCCCUGGAAAGCUUGAGGCCGACAAAGACAAUACAUCAACAGAGAACCAAGCAGGAGUCGAAACCAAGUUCCCAGAGACCCAGAAGGAUAUGCCGAAUGCCGGAAAUGACAGAACUUCUUCUGCCGCUAUACCGAAAGCCCGGGGGUCAAAUAGCGAAAGUCUGACGGAGGCAGAAACGGAGCGACCAACACUUGCGUAUGGGGCUCGGAUGAAACAUUUCGUGGGAGGCGGACCGUUUCUGGCACAGCACUUCGCUCACAUGGAGCCGUGGACUGAUCAAUCUUCAGACCCCUCGACGGAUUUAGACAAACGCACUCGUGCCAUACUGCGCCUCGAACUCUCACCUGUCCAAACCUCGAAAGAUUUGCCGACUUUCGAAAUGUUUGUCACCGCCACCGAAUCUGUUGGGGGACAACGACCUCGACUCAAAGUCGUUCGGGUAUCGGCCAUACACCAAGAAAAACGUUUUACGGUGCUGUGCCCACACUCUCACAUGGACGUGCAAUUGACGCAGCAGCUCAAGCAAGACCUCGUCUACCCUGGAUCUUCUGAGACUGAGAUCGUGCAACUCUUGGUGAAUGCCCUGCGUGUCUAUAUCGGCAAUGCGCAAGGCCAUGGUUCUUCGGAUUGGGUGUUUCCGCCAUUUGUUACUCUGCAGGUACAUCCCGGUCUGCGAGAGGGGCAGAAAAGCACCCAGCAUGCCAUUGGCCAAGAUGAACGGCUGGGGACUCACGGUGGUGCGGAGACAGAAGGCAAGAAGAGCCCUGUGGCGAUGAUCGAGAAGAAACAGGAAUACAUUCUCCGAUCAGUGGAUGUCGUCGACGUUGAUUCGCGGCUCUUCUCGGUUGAGUCGACCUCCAAAAUCCCCAAGACCAAGUCUAACCCCAGAUCAAUUUCUAAGCACACGUCCAAGUCAACAGCAAAGCUUUGUUUGGACCACAUUACAUAUACCGGUGCAGCUGUUACCAGACAAGAGCUUCGCCUUGCGGACCGGCCACUGAUGUGCUCUCCCACGUUAGCAACGCCGGACAUGCCCAUGUUUUUGAAUGCAGCGUUGGACUUGGCGAAACGAUUGGGCAACGACCCUGUGAAGACCCCUCCCGCCAAGAUGACUCUCUGAGCACGAUUGAAGGUCGGCUAGUGGGGAGGAAAAGACGUGGGGGACCGAGAAACAGUUGUAUCGACACCGAAUAGACCAUUCGAAGGAAGGGGAAGGUGGAAGCCAAAGGCAGAAGCCCGAUCCUGGCGCAACAGACAAGCAAGAAUCUUCAAGGCUUCGACGAGGAAUUUGCGAAUCACCGAGGAACAUAAAAGGAGGUUGGGUUCCCCCGUGGUCAUGUUUGGUGCAUUGCAUGAAUGAUACCCACGGACAUUGGCGUUAUGUGCUGUCCUCAUCGCAGUCUAGUCCCACGAAGGCUUCGGGUUGGGGUUGGGGUUGUAGUCAUAUGCUUGUUCUACUACGUCUGUACACUAGAAUAGAACCACUUGUUCAUCCAUCAUGGUGAGACAGGAAGAUAUACUCUGUGCUCUGCACCUAUCUGGAGUCUGAUAGAUGCUGUCUACCUACCUAGGCACCUUAAGUACAUCCGUCUUGGCAGGCCUGGGGUCUCCUCGCCAGAAUUCCAGUGGCAAGGUCCGGCUUCCCUGCCUUGUAGCCCGUCAUCUGACUAGACGUGGAGGGGUCUACGAUCAAUGGGAGCGCAUCGCAUGUCAACCGGUCCCACGGGGAGGAAGGAAGGAGGACGUCUGCAAGACUGCAAGGAGG